UUCUAAUUGGCCUGGCUAAUUUAGUAUUUAUUAAAUGCUGAAUGACACAAACAAAAUUACCGGCUAACUAAAGCAGGUUUUACAAACUUGUGUUUGAGGUUGUAUCUUUUUUUUGGAGAAAACUAAACCUAACAAUGUCUCAUUUUAAACUAAUAUCAUCAACUAAAGCUUCAGACGUCAUACCAGUGAACAAGUACGUGUCUGAAAAGACCGGCUUAAAAGUAAUUAUUGCUAAUGUCGAAGGGCCUGUUGUAAAUGGCUACUUCUGUCUUGCUACCGAAGCUCACGAUGACGACGGUCUGCCGCAUACGUUGGAACACUUGAUAUUCUUGGGAUCAGAACGUUACCCUUACAAAGGCGUCCUCGAUUUGUUAGCCAAUCGAUGCAUGGCUCAUGGGACUAAUGCUUGGACUGAUACUGAUCAUACAUGUUACACUAUUUACACCGCGGGAGAGGAAGGAAUGUUGACGUUACUGCCAAUAUACCUGGAUCACAUUCUGAGACCUACCCUCACAGAGGAAGGCUUUAUAACUGAAGUGCACCAUAUUGAUGGUGAUGGGGAAGAUGCUGGGGUUGUUUAUUGUGAAAUGCAAGGACGGGAGAACUCAUCUUAUAGCAGAUGUGAGCUGCAGUUGUUACGAGCCAUGUAUCCUGAUAGCGGCUAUUCUUCAGAAACUGGGGGUAUUAUGGAAAACCUCAGGACAUCAACUAACAAUACAAAAGUGAGGGAUUUCCAUAAAAAGUUCUACAGACCUGAAAAUCUUACAAUAGUUCUCACUGGACAAAUAGAAGCGGAAGAUGUGUUUAAAGCAUUGUCUGUUGUUGAAGAUGACAUUAUUGCAAAGAGGGAAAAGGAACCACAAGAGGAAUGGGUGAAGCCGUGGCAGACCGUGCCGCCACCACCACAAUAUGGGGAGUACACUGUGCAUUGGCCUGCUGACACUGAAGAUUGUGGUCAGGUGAUAUUCGGCUGGAGUGGUCCGAUGCUGAGCGCGGAGGGCGCGCUGCGCGAGCUGACGGCGUGCGCGCUGCUGCUGCGCUACCUGUGCGACACGGCCGCCGCGCCGCUGCAGCGCUGCCUCGUAGAGAGGGAAGACGCCCUCGCCGGGGACGUGUCUUACAACUUAACGGAGAAUUUAGUGCCAUUAAUCAAGAUAGAGCUGGACAAUGUGCCGAUAAAGAAACUGGAGUUGGCUCGUGACGAUGCCCGCAAGUGUCUGUCCGGAGUGCGCUCCGGUGCAGAGCCUAUCGACAUGGAGCGGAUGAAGAGGCUGCUGAGGAAGCAGCUGCGGGAGAGCAUCGCCAGCCUCGAGUCGGAUCCUCAUCACGCUGUUGCCUUCAGAUGUAUCGGUGAUGUUCUGUAUUCACAGAACGAAGAAGAUUUUAUUUCAAGAAUGAACCCUCAACAAGUAUUAAUGGAGCUUUUAGAGGAAGGCUCCGACUACUGGAUUGGUCUUCUUCAGAAAUACUUCAACGAUGACUUGGUGACAAUAGUCGGCUCGCCAAGCAUCGAACUGCAGAAAAAAAUGUCAGAUGAAGAACUUAAGAGAAUAGAAGAACAGCAAAAGAAGCUGGGAGAAGGUGGAUUGGCGAAGAAAGCGGAGCAACUGGCCGCUGCUAUGGAAUACAAUGAGCGGCCGCCGCCCGAGGGCCUGCUGACGUCGAUCCCGGUGCCGUCGUGCGACAAGCUGAAGUGUCACAACAUCUCCACGUGGAGCUCGGAGGGCGCGCCCUGCCCGCACUUCGAGCUGCGCGAGGUGCCGCUCUACACGCGUCUGCACUCGCUCAACACCAACUUCGUCUAUAUAAACUUGAUCCUAGACACGAGUAAGGUGGAGACUCGCAGCCGGCGCUGGCUGCCGCUGGUGCUGGACGGGCUGGGCGAGUGCGCGGUGCGGCGCGCCGGCCAGCUGCGCCCCCACGACCUCGUCAUCUCCGACACCGAGCGCCUCACCGUGCUCUUCAGCCACUCCAUCGGCUUCGACUGCUCCGGGAACUUCGCCGUCGGACGCUUCGGCAACUUUGUGCACAUCGAAGCCCGGUGCGAGCCCGCGGACUACGAGAGCGUGGUGCAGCACCUACACGAGGUGCUGUACGCGGCAGAGCUCACCAAGGACCGCCUGCUCGUCUUCGCGCAGAGGAUGAUCAAUGACGUCGCCAAGGUGCGUCGUGAUGGUAACAAGAUGGUAUACGACAUGCUGCGGGACGCACUGUACAGCUCGGACAGCAACACGCACUGGUGCUCCGUGCUGCGCCAGCACCGCUUCCUGAAGGAGGUGGUGGAGCGGCUGGCGGCGGGAGGAGCGGAGGCGGAGGCGGCGGUGGCGGAGGCGCGCGGCGCGCUGGCGGCGCUGCGCCGCGACGCCUGGCUGCACCUCGCCGCAGACUUCCACAGAUACAAGCUCUCCCCCGAGCCCUGGAAGAGAUUUGCCAGAGAUAAUGAAAUUACCCCCCUCAAGCCGCAGCUGUACUGGGACGCGGAGCUGAUGCGCGCGCGGGAGGGCUGCGGCGGCGAGGGCGAGGGCUUCGUGGUGGGCGUGGGCGGGCUGGAGUCCUCCUUCGUGGUGCAGAUGAGCCCCGGCCCGCUGGGGCACGCGCCGCACGACCUCGCGCCGCUGCUCGUCGCGCUCAACUACUUCACACAGCUGGAGGGUCCGAUGUGGCGGCUGAUCCGCGGCGGCGGGCUGUCGUACGGGUACAGCGCGCGCGCCGCCGCUACAGAGGGCCGCCUCGUGUUCUCCCUGUACCGCGCCGCCAACGCGCCCGCGGCCUACGCCAAGGCUAAGAACAUUGUGGAGGAAUACCUGAAGGAGAAGAAGUUUGACGCGGAGUUGUUCGCGUCCGCGCGCAGCACGGCGCUGUUCGAGGCGGUGGAGCAGGAGAAGUGCCCCGCGGACGUGGUGCGCCACUCGCUGCUCAACUACCUGCGCCACGGCUCGCCCGCAUACAACAGGGAGCUGGUGGUGGCGAUCGCUGCUGUGACGGAGGAGAGCGCGGGCGCGGCGGCGGCGCGCUGGCUGGGCUCGCUGUUCGCGCCGGCCGCCGGCACUCUGGCCGUCGUCUGUCAUCCCACCAAGGUGGCUGACCUGCAGGCCGCGUUCCACAAGAUGAACAUUAAUUUGGAAGCAUUCGAGUCAAUGGAAGCAUCUCACUUUAACAAAUAAGCGCAACAAACUGUAUUAAUAUUAUUUGUAAAUGAAAUACUUAAAUGCAUGAAAAAUACAAAAUAAUGUCAAUGAAUCCAAAACCACUGCUUGCCUGUGCCUUAUUGAAUGUAUUGGUUUGAUUUGUAAGGAUCACAGUUUUAUAUACAUUUAAAUAUUAUUUGCAUAUAACUAUUUUAUAAAUAAAACGAUAUAGUUAU